AUUACCUAGAUCCCAAUAUACACUCAAAACAGUUCCUCUGUUUCGAAUCAAAUCCAUUUUUUUUCAUGGAUCUUGCACCGGAGCAGUUGCAGGACCUAACCUACACAGAAAUCCUUAAAGAAUCAGUUUCGAUUCCAAAAUCAUCUUUAAAGACCUUUUCCUGUAUAAUCCUCACCCUGAUUUUCCCUCUCUCCUUCGCCAUCUUAGCCCAUUCCCUCUUCACCAAUCCUCUCCUCAAACAAAUCGAUAGCCAGUCCCCUUCAAACCCUAAACUCCCUCAAGAGUGGACUCGCCUCCUAAUUUUCCAGUUCUGCUAUCUUAUCUUCCUCUUCGCCUUCUCUCUCCUCUCCACCGCUGCCGUCGUUUUCACCGUUGCCUCUAUCUACACCUCCAAGCCCGUCUCUUUCACUUCCACCAUCUCUGCAAUCCCUCGUGUCUUCAAACGCCUCUUCAUCACCUUCCUAUGGGUUUCUCUGCUUAUGGUCGUCUACGACAUUGCCUUCAUUAUCUCUCUUCUCGCUCUCAUCAUCGCCGUCGAUACUAAUAGCCUGUUUCUCUACUUGUUCUCCCUCAUUGCGGUUUUCACGCUCUUUCUUGUAGUUCACGUCUACAUUACAGCUCUAUGGCACCUCGCCAGUGUCGUGUCGGUUCUCGAACCGGUUUACGGGAUUGCUGCGAUGAGGAAGAGUAAGGAGUUGUUGAAGGGGAAGACCCAGAUGGCUGCAGUGUUUGUUUUCGGAUAUUUGUCGAUUUGUGGGGCGAUUGGUGGCGUUUUCGGAUCGAUUGUGGUUCAUGGUGGCGAGGAUUAUGGAGUCUUUGCUAGGAUUGUGGUUGGUGGAUUCUUGGUUGGUUUGUUGGUUCUCGUGAAUUUAAUAGGAUUGUUGGUGCAGAGUGUGUUUUAUUAUGUUUGCAAGAGCUAUCAUCACCAGGGGAUCGAUAAGAGUGCUUUGCAUGAUCAUCUUGGUGGCUAUCUCGGCGAGUAUGUACCGCUGAAGAGUAGUAUUCAGAUGGAGAGUAUGGAAAUCUGAGUGAGGGAGGGGAAAUGUAUGAGUAGUCCAAUCAAAUCAAUUGUGUAAAGAAAUAUCUUUUUGGUUAGUGUCUGUUUUUUAAGGAUUCUAAUCUCUGCUUUCAAUAAAGACUGAAGGUAUUGUUCA